AUGGAGCCAAAAACAAAGUUCUCCUACUCCUACUUCCACAUCUCCAAGAGAGACGGUGUAGCGAUCUCCGCUCAAAACCACCGCACCCUACGCCUCAAAGCCCUCGAAACCUCUCCAGCCUCAUUCUCAUCCACCCACGAGAUUGAAUCCAAAUUCACCGACAUCGACUGGCAAAAUCUCAUCACAGCUCCCGACCGGGUAAUCUUCGUCUGUGCCGCCACACCACUCAAUCCCGAUGACUCACAAGCUGGUGAGCCCGAAUGGAUCGGCCAAGUUACUCUGCGCGGACCUCUAUCUGAGGAAGCAUUCACCUUACCCGAAGAAUCUGGACAACCACCGCAGAGACCAGACGAAGAAGAAGAGCGAUGGCAGAUGCUGAGCCUGUUCACACUACCGGAACACCGCGGCCUGGGCCUCGGCGCCAAAUUAUGUCAGAGCGCUAUGGAUUAUCUGCAAUCGUAUCGUUCUUCGCCGCGGACUGUCCAAGUGCGUCUUAUUAUCAAGGCUGGGAAUCAUGUUACGAUAAAGUUCUAUGAGCGGCUUGGCUUUGUUUCUGCGGGAAUGGCAACUCUUGUCGAGGCUCUUAUCGCGAAUGGGGAUGAGGGCUUGUUACCGGAUGAUGUGAGCUCGGCAAAAUGGUCCGAUCGAUUUGGAUUGAUUAUGAAUACUCGUUUGUCUCGUUGA